UCAGCUUGUUAGUCGAUAAUGUUGGAGAUAUGUUUGACUCCGGAAUAAAGUUAUUACGGAGCCCUGACUUUUCGAAGAAGUUGAUGCAUGUAAAUAAAACUGUGGAAGUAGUGAAUCGUUUAGUUUAUACUACUGAUGAUAUUAAUUCUAUUUAUACUUUCCAAAUAUUCAUGAUUUUGUUACUCAGUUAUGCUUUUGUUUUAAUUCGUCUCUUUUUCCUCGUUAACCGAAUAUCAUCUAGUGAUGUCAACCUUCUUAUCAUCUUUAGUCAGUUGUUAAUAUUGUUGUUCGUUUCUUCUCUCAUAUGGAGAGUCAACUGUUCUUCAGCAAUGACAUAUUCAAAGUCUAAGGAAUUCAACACACUGCUUUAUCAGAUGAUGAUCGACGAUAAGAACAAAGAGAUACGACAGAAUGAGAAGCUGAGACUUCACCUUUCGAUGAGGAGAGAGGUGGUGUUUAAUGCUUGUGGCUUCUUUAACCUGGAUUACACUUUAGUACAUUCGAUGAUUGCUUCAGCUACUACAUACUUAGUCAUCUUGAUCCAGUUCGGUCAGCCUGGCCAGCAGUCAUCGAGGAACUUGACUAACCUCACCACCACUCCACUUCCCUCAGCUAUCACCUCCACCAUGUGAACUUCAAUAUUAGCAUUAAUAGUAAAUUUUAGGAGCGUGUCAAGAUUAUUUUAAAAUUAUCUAUCAUGUUUUGUGUAAUGAGUAGUAGUACUCUUCCAUUUUAUGUUCCAGUAAAUGUAUUAUAUAUAUAUUGUUUUAAUUAUAUCUCUCUUUAUCGGCUUCCGCCAUCAGAGAUCUUUCAGCCCAUUACCAUUCCGAUUUGGACGACGUGGUAUCUCUUAUGUUCAACAAGCGCGGGCAUACACCUAAAUGCGCUGCGUACAUAUGUGCUCUCGAAUUACAUAGGUUGCAAUGUGGAGACCCAGCCACUUCUAUUCUAUGCAGGUGCUUCCUAAGGUAGUCGUGGCCUGUUAUCAUCCAGAACUCUACCACAGCUUCCACUCUCGGCAGGUUCAUGGGAACUCGAUCCGCUUCAUUAAAAAAAUUUCUCCACUGCUUUUCCGCAAUACAGCUCUUUACGGAAUCCAGUAAUAGAGCCUCACUGGUCUUAUUAAUUUAUUUUUUGGCUCUCUGAUAUGAUAUUUCAUUUUCUGGCUGGUUCAAUGUAUAACCCUCCUUGGCGAGUUUAUCAGCCAUUUCGUUUCCAUGUAGACCAAAUUGACUUGGUAUACACUGAAAGAAUACCUCUGUCCCUCGAAGAAGUUCCUCUAUGAUCCUUUGGCACUUCAGAAUAUCCUGAACAAAAGAGUCAUUUGGCUGUGACACAGCGGAAAUAGCCGCCUUUGAAUCCACGAACAAUACGAGAUUUUUGGCAUCUAAGUGUGACAAGGCUUUCAUUGCGAAUAAAAUUGCUCUUAUUUCGCUGUCGAAAUUUGAGGCCCAUUUCAGAACCGGUUCCGAAAUAGCAAACACUUAAGAGUACGCCCCUCCAUUGUGUGUUGCUUGUUUGGCAGACCCAUCGGUGUAAACAUGAAUCCACGGAGGGCUUUGAUAACGUUCAGCAAGAGCCAAGAAUCUUAUUUCUUCUGGUAUAACUUCUUCUUUUUUAAUGGUUUUAAUAAGGUUGAGGUUAUAUGACGCUGUUUACAGGAAACUGAGGUGAUAUUAAAGAAAGUGGUUCUCUUUGAGCGGGGAAUAAGUUUAUUUUAUCUUUAAGCUGUUGAUGUUUCUUUAAAAAAGUAACUUGCGUUACAAGUCUUUUUGAUGCUGGCUUAUUCUUGGACUAGUACUCUAUAAGAAGUCUAUGUAGUCGUUCGUAGAGGCUUAUUGAACUUCUCUACGCAUCUCUAAAGGCUUGACGUUCGCUUGUAGCUGCAUAGCUAGGAUGGGUGUAGACCUGUUAUUAUCCGGAGUGCUGAUUUUGGGACUUUUUCAGAUAUUUGCCUUACACUUUCAGGUGCUGUUAUUAAGAGUUAUAUAUAUAUAUAUAUAUAUAUAUAUAUAUAUAUAUGACUCAUAAUGUCUUUCGACCCCGAUAAAUACAUCUGAUAUCCUUCCAAAUAAAGUAUUAACUUGUUUAAUUGUUUAAUUUAUCAACUACAUUAAAUUAGAUUAAUGUAACCAAAAAAAUCUUUAUAUUGUUAACAUGAUAAUGUGAUGCGAUGAGCACGUCACACAAUUAGUAGAAAUAGUUAUUUUCAUAUUUAGAAAGUGAUUAAAGUAAAAGUUAAUGACCUUAAAUCACUUUAAUCUUUUAUGAAUUUUCUCGUUGUGAAAUCAAAACAUUAUACACUUGUUGUAACUAUAUUUAAUAUAGAAAAGGGUUUGUGUCAUUUUAGUGCACUUACGAUGUUUUUAUAAUCGAUAAAUAAUGUUAGAAUUCACAUAAAAACUUUCUUAAAAGUUUAAUUUCAACAAAAAUGUACUUAAUGACUUUUUAUAGAUGAUAUAAAGUAUUAAUUUAAAACAUUUAAUUUCCAUAUGUUUUUUGUUUUUUUUGUAACUGUACAUCUGGCUGUAUAUAAUGUCGUCGACACUCCGUUAAAGAGUGAAUGUUAACCUGUCCAAUGUUGCACAUUUGUUACUUUAACUUGGUGCAAUGAUAUCUACUAAUAUUAAUGAAUGUGAAUAAAAGUGGAUUUCAACAAUUCUGA